AUGGCUCGGAACGCUCCGCCGAUGCUGACGUCUCCCGACGUCCUUACUUCUGCAUGCUUUUCCCCUUCUCGGUGCCCCGAAGGAUCCGGACUCCCGACAGCCGGCGAGCUCCCCUCUGGAAAAGCAGGCGAUUCCACGUGCACGGGGUCCCCGGCGCUGUCUCCCACUCCGUUGACGUCGCCCGGAGCGUCCAGUUGUGCGUCUGCCGUGUCGGUCUUAUCGUCUCCGAUGUCGGCUGCCUCCGACGUUUCAGUGCAACCUCGGGAUCUCUUUUCCACUCCCCACGGGUCACCGGCGUCCUGGCCGCUGUACUCAACUCCCGAGCCCGGGUUGCCUCCACUCGCGCCUGACGUAGCCACUGCCUCUCGCGCGGGGACUGCCGGAGACCCGGUCCAACAAGCGAGUUCGGGGGGAGCAGGAACGUCUGACACUGCGGGACGCUCUGUUUCGACUGAACAAAUUGGCAAUGGCGGCGCGUGUACCGAACAGGAGGCGAGCCGUUCACCGCAUGUGACCGCUCCCUCUCCACCGUCACUGCAGAACGCAGCAAAGGAGGUGGGUGCACAUCGUCGAAGGGGAAAGGAGACCGCACGCUCCGAGAAGAGCGAAGGGGCGUACCACCCCUCAGAGGAAUCUCAGGGCGUCUCCGUGAUCCCCCGCCCUGCCCAUAUCCUGCGAAUCUCGUGUAGCGACAGCAGCCGGUCGACGACAAGUGAAGCAGGCGCGGAAUUGUUCUCGAGCCCAUGGGAAGGGUGCACGCCCGGCGCUGUCACCCCUUCUAGCGGGGCGAGCAAUGGAAAGGCUCUUUCAGCGGAGGUGUCUCCUGAGCAGUCAGAGGGCGAGGUCAGCCUGGACACAACUGACAACUCAGGAGAGAACACAGUUUCCACGAGUCAGACGAUCCUAAGCAGCCGCUGCGCCAGCAGAAAGAGCAGCUUGGAGCGGGGCGAAACCGUAGGCGACGUCUCCGACAGAGCAGCGUUGCUUCCAGGCCGGUCAGCCGAGGGGACGGAGCGGUCGAGUAGCCUGCGCAAGAGGGAGCGGCUGGAGGGCAGAGCUUCAGAACCCACGCACUCAGGGAUCAGCCGAGACGGCGAGUGUUUGCUGCUUCCAUUUUCUCUUGAGCACCCCGUGGGGAUCAAGGACGCGUGCGCGCCGAGGCUAGACCCGUUCGCGAAGGGCGUAAACUCCCCGAGCGGAACUCGUGCGGGCUCAGCCUCUGAUUUGCUGCGGUCCUUGUCAUCUGGACUUGCGGAUUCUCUGGAUCGGCCAACGGAAGAUGGACAAGGCGGCGAGGAAGAGCGGAUGUCCUUCGAGCGCUUGGAAAGCUUCUGCGAUGCUGUGCGCACCCCGUCAGUCCUCCGGAGGUCCGGCGCUAGCUUGUCGACGGACAGCAGCGACGCUUCUGCGCCUGCACUGGUCGCAUGCUCCGGCGGAGCGCUGGGAGAGCUGACCCCGCGGAAAUGCUGUGGAAGAGGAAGUUCUGGCUGGGACGGGACAGCCUGUGGUUGGCGUCGAAGCUCAGUGAGCGAGGGGCGAGAGGCCGAGGCGGCUGCAGCCGUGGGAGGCGUUUCGCAGUGGCGGCGCGCGAGUGCGUCGCAGGAAAGUCAAGCGCUGCAUUCCACUGUGGCAGCCGGAGACCAGUGUAGAAUCAGGGAUGAGCGUGGGGCCCCAGAAUGCAACGCUUCGCUCAACGAGAACGCGGUCUGCACAAACGUGGGGAGCCGGCGGGGCGACUCGCCACCCGUGGGAUGCGAGAAAGUAAACGCAGUUGUUUCCUUGCCGUGUGGCCAGGCAGUGGAAGAGACGGAGUCAUUUGCGGGGACUGCGAAGCGACGACCUGAACUCCCGGCCGGCGCCGUUCGUGAGAAGCUCGGUAAAGAGUCAUCGUUGUUUUGUUGUGCUUGCUGUGGGGGCCGACUGCUCUGCUCCCAAUGCAGCGGAACGAGAGACGUUCACGGGGUGGAGACGGUGGGAUACGAAACUUCAAACUCCAGCGCCCAACGGUUGCCCGGCAAGUUUGUCGAGAGAUGUGGUGGCGCAGAUGCGCCUGGGGACUCGGGCGGCGGCGUCACUGGCUGCGCUCCGUGUCGGGUCUGCGCUGAAAGCAUCUACUGCGGGUUUUGCGUAUAUCGGAUGCAGGCGGCAGUAUCCGUGUCGUGCGCUCCCCCAUCGGAAAGGCUGCCCGACAGAGGUUCAGCGGAGGGCCAGGCGGAUGCUCUACGGCGCCAGUUCAACGGCGUCGAUGCACUGGAUAGCCUCGGCGGUUCCGUCCGAGACCCAGAUGUGGGCACAUCGUCUCUGUGCACGAACUGCCUCAGUCCGGGGUGCCGACAAACGUUCCCUUGCGUGCCGCAUCCGUUUGGGGAGUCGGGUGCUCUCCAGGAUGCGCCGGCGUGGUUCAGCGGGGGGUCGAGUCAGGCGGAGACGAAGCCAGACGACAUUGAAAUGCUCGGAGGUUCUCGGGCUCUGUUCGUCGCGGACUCCCUCACGAACGGCUUGGGAUUGUUUGCCCAUUGCACCCCCGCAGGUUCAGACAUGCGUGGGGAGUCCUCGGGGCAAGCAGCGCAGCCGGUCGCUCGGCAUCUUCCGUGUCAGCGACAAGCUGCUUCGUGUCGGUUCCCUCCAUUCUCUCAGGGAAAGCCGCUAGGUUUCGAAGGGGUCGAUGAAGGCGCGGGCGCGACGGAGUGCGGUGCCCUGAUUGGACUCGAUGGCGUAGUCGGGAGAUCCGGCAGUCUGGGACUAGUGCCUCUUCAGGGAGACGUCUUCAGUCCGCAACGAGCUCAGGGAGUGGGAUGGGAGCAGAUGGCGAGUCACCGGCACUCGUGGCCUUCGUGUGCACCCGGGUUUCUCGGGUCAGCCGGUAUCCGCCCGGAAAGGAUCAAGACAGACGCGGGACGCAAGGCAAAUUCGGAUGCUUGGAAACAGGAAGUUCUUGUUCCGGCUCUUGGAGCAUGGCCAAGCGAUUCACACGCGCUCUGCUCGGCAACGCACACGACGUACCGGGGACCGUGGGACUUGUCUCGGUCGUGCGCUGCGGAUGCGGCCUUGCAUAUGCCUGCGAUGAAAACGGAUUCUCAUAUGGUGGAGGGCGCCGGGUUGAAUCGAACGCACGGUUCUGAAGGUCUUGCAGUGAGGCCAGCCGAACGCGGUGCGCUGCGCAGCGAUGCAGCAGGCAAAACUUUUAGCGGGCACUGUAUGUCUUGGGGAGUUCGCGAGAAUCUCGGGGUGAACGCCCUCGUGGCAAGGGAGGGUGGGGGCUGCCCAGAGGACUUGAGAGAGGGGACAGCGCAGGUAAACUCGCGUGUCAAUUCACCUGGAUUCGUAGGCAGGUGCACAGUUCGAGGACCCGGCGGAAACGGUGAACUUCGUCCGUUGCCAGUUCUUCCGAACGAGGUCUUCAGAACGUCGGCAAACGGGGCGGAAGGGGACCGCCGUUUCUCGAGUGAGUACACACGCCUGAUAGAGCGGAUGCAGGACGGGAACUGCGCAGGAACAAUGCCUCACUCUGCCGUGCCGUCGGGAUUGCUCCACGGGAGACCCGCCAGGUUAGAGGUACACCCGAUCGGCCUACCGAGACGCUCAGCCGAGUCGGCUGCCUCGACAGCCAAUGGGCCCCAUCAAAUAGGGUGUACAACUGCAACCCACGGCAGCUCGGGUGCGCGUGCCUGCGGGUACCAGUUACCGCAAACGGUGCCUGCCGUUCCGCUUCCGCCGCUGAGGGCUCGGAUAAGCGCAGAAGCCGUGAGCCCCGCACCAACCGUCCACAACUGUGAACGAGAGUUCCGACAGAUCGACCACCGUCGCGAAGCAGGCUGCAAGCGAGAGCGAUCGUGGGUCAGUGUGCAGGAGACGGAGAUCUCAUGCAGUCGCUGUCCUUUUAUCGGAACCCAGCUGAACAGUUCCGCGGGACACGGGAAUGUCCACGACGAAAAGGAAGUGCCGAACUACCAGGCGUUCCCACGUCGACAGCAAGAUCAAUCGGCACAGCAACAACUUGCAGCCGCGGCGAAUCCGGCAAAGAAUUGCUUGACAAAACGUCGGCGCAUGGACCGGUCCACGACAGGACGCAAAGACGGCCGCGGUGACGCCGGCGCUUGGGGUGCACAGACUGGAAGGAGCGGUGCCGCUCGUGUCGGUUCGGCAAAGUACGUCACGGGGCGAGGCGCUUCGUCCGCGCAGGCUUCUCGUUCCAACGCUGACACGGCAGUGACGCGAGAAGCGGAGCAGACUGGUCCAGAAGCGGCAACUGACACGGAUGGCAGCAAACCGGGUGUUUCCGCGAGCAGGAACCAGUUGCUGGAGGCCGAGGAAGGGAGAAAACUGGAGGCUGCGACGCUGCGGUCUCGAAAGCGAUGUAGCAGGAAACCGUUUUCAGGGGAAGCACUUACUCAGCAAAUGUGGAACUGCGCACCAGACAGCGCACGUGCCAAGGGGGAGGGCACUACCGCGACGAGCGCCGGCAGCAGCCAUGCUACGGACUACAGAACGGAGAAGUCAGGCGGAUUUUCUGGAGACAGUGCAGACCGGUUUGGUAGUCCUGCGAGGUCGCUUGAAUCAGAUUUGCUAGAGGUGAUUAGCAGUCGCCGCAAACCCGUUUCUGCGCGCGCCUCGCCAAGGCCAAGCACAGUUGCAACCGUGUCUCCGGGAGUGAAGACCUCGAAGCGAAGACGCGGAGAGAAGUGCUCCACGAGUGAGGAAUUGGAUUCAAGCCAAGAAGAGACAACUGGAUCAGGGUCGUCGGGGUCAGUCGAGGCCGUGGACGAGGUCGCACAGGGAGAGACCACUGAAGGCCAGAGAGGAUCUGCAGAAAGAGAGCAAGGCGCGAGCGGGGAUCAGGGUGGCUGUUCUGGGACUGCGCCUUUGGAAGAGAGCGUCAAGACGGAGGCUGCAGCUGAACAGGAGUCGUCCAGUCCUCCCGGUCGAGGAAGUAACGGGCGCUUCUGGCGCGCAGGCGGGGACGGCCGGGUGCUUUACGAUCAGUCAGGUCAGAAGAUAUCAGGCAUCUGGUUUGAUAGCGGUCGACGCCUGUGGCGAGUCGUGUUCACACAGGGAGAACGGCGAAGGACGAAGGGUUUUAGUCUGCGCCAGUACGGCUUCGAGGAGGCGAGGAACAUGGCUGUGCAGUGCAAACUUGAGAUGGAGGCUCGGAAGGGAGAAAAGGCCACCAACAGUCCUGUCUCGCCUGCCAAGUAG